UCGAAACCUUAAGUCAGCAGGGAAACAAGUUCUACUCCAAUAGAGAAAUAAAAGAGUUUAAAUUGAUAGAAUAGAAAAAUAUUUUAAGUAUUUUGAAAUAGUACAUGAAAGAAUGAAUACUUAAUAUAUGUUGAGUUUAUUUCGCAAAGGAACUCGCGAAAAAAUGUUAAAGUAAAAUGGCGUUUGGAUAUUAAACUCAAAAAAAAGCAAUAUAUAUUGUAUGUCUACGCACAUCGUUGCUUAGUUCAGUGCAAGCCAUAGCAGUUGACGUUCGAUCCCACUUUCCAGCCUCACAGGAAGAGUACAACGGUGCAUAUGACUGGCCAUGGAACAGUGCUCCAACACUUUACUUUUGCAGACAUUGAAAACAAUUUGGAGUAAUUACUUAAAUGCUUCCAGAGAGUUUAAUACGGAACUUAAGUUACAUUGGGUUGAGCUCUUUUUAUUUAAUUCUCAGUUUAUAAAUGACGAAUUACUGCGAGAUGCAGAGUUUAAAAGAUUUUUUAAUCCAGUCGCUGAGGAAAUAUGCUCAAUGUUUUUGGAGCAAACAUUUGCCAUAAUUAGCAAAUCAGAACUGUAUUCAUCAACGCAUAUUAACGGUACAAAUUUUGACACUGAGAAUAUAUUUGAUAAGAAUUUUGCUCAGUUGGUUCUUAAUGCACCCACUGAUUGCUAUAAAAUUGUAGCGUUACGUACAUUUCUAACUGAACAACUUGGACAACACAUACUACAGUUUCUGUUAGAUGUCGAUAUAAAGCUUAUUGCUUCGCAACAAAGUCUUUGCAACUUGUUUAUUAACCUCUUCCCAAAUUGCCCUUGGAAUCAAAACGAUGUCGUGGUAGAAGAAUCAAUACCAGUUACUAAAUUAAUUGGCAACUUAAACAUGCUACAUAAAAACUACAAAACUAAUACGCAAGAAAGGAAAAAAGUUCUUUUAAAAAAUUCUACAAAUAUAAACCAGAGCAAUCUAGAAUUAAAGCAAAAAAGGAUUAUUAAAAACUUUGAGAAAUUCAAGAAGGUUACGAAAACAAGUGACGAAAUAGCUUUCGUACUGUUAAAGCUGUUGAACAAAUGUGUUGCUGCGGAUCACAACUACGACUGCACAUUAUCCGUGCAGUCGAUGAGCGCUGUCACAUUGUCAUUUGCUUUGGAAACUUUAAUAUGCGCCAAUGAGAUAUUUAGUGAAAAUAACACUUUCAAUAUAAUAUAUUGUCUAUUACAUUUAAUUGAAAAUUGUUUAAAUAAUUUAUUUUCGUAUGACGAUGAUAUCCACAAUAUUUGCUAUGAAACUGUUACUUCUAAACUAAUAAUUGCUAUGAAUAAUUACCAACAGGAUUUUUAUAAGCUCGACGUUGAGAAAGGAACAACACAUAUCAUAACUUUACUAGAUAUCAACAUGAUUAUAUUUGGUAUAGUGCAUAACAGUAUAACAUAUUUGAGCAAGACUGUAAAUGAUGAAAGCGGUAAUAGUAACAAAUCAAUUAAUAAAAAAUUAAUAAAUAAAAAUCAUAUCGAUAUUUGUGUUAAAAGUUGUAAAGAAAUAGUGCAACUUCUUGGAACAAGGGCUUUUUCUGCAGAUAUUCAAUUAUUUGUUACUAAAAUUUUUAAGAUAAUUAUUAAGAUAAUUGAUCGGGUUACAAAAUCAGAGCACUUUUCACUUAAUGGCAGUAUUAUAUAUGAUGGGACAACGCAAAAACCGCGUCGUAGAAAAAUCAACUCAAACCAACUACACUGCCAACAGCGCAGUAAUGAUCAAGGAAUGAGUUGUUACUUUCAAGGCAUACUUUUAGACUUGUUACCUCACCUAAGCAUAAACUUACAAGAACACGCGUUCCGCUACCUUCUCCUUGGCACCUGUUGCUGCCAUUACUCUUUGUCGACAUUUGAAAUCUGUUUGAACUCAAUCAGGAGAGUAGGAGAUGUUUAUCAAAAAUAUGCCUAUAAUUUUUUACACCGUAAACUGUUGCAUACCAUAUUCGCAAGAACUUUGCCAAUUGCUGAUCACAAUAAGAGAAACCAAAGUAUUUGUCAAAAAUGUGAUUUAAAGCUACGAUCAAAAGAAUUUCACGUAGGACUUCUACAACUUUAUAAGCAAUUAUACAAUCAAUUAAUUAAUGACAGUAACAAUAAAACUCUACGUGUCUUUCUUAAGCAUUUAAAACACAUAUCACAAAUGCUAAGUAAUGAUAUUGCAUCGGGAAUACUGGCAGAAAUUGUGCUUCCAAUUUUUCGGGAGUUCAAAGUUAAAUAUACAAAAAUCAAUAGUGCGACUAAUACUGAUAAAAAAUUUGCGAAGGAAUCCAAGCAAUAUUUAAAAUUACCAGUUUCUCCAUGUAAAGAAAAGGAGCAAAUCGCAAAGGGAGCAAAUCGUGAUGACUUAUAUUUGCAUGCCGAAACAAUCCCAACCACUGAGAAUAAUUGUGAUAAAGCAGAUUUAUUAAAAAUAAUUUUAGAAUGCCUUAAUAUCUUUAUAAUCUACAUGAGUGACAUUCGCUUAAUUAAAGCAUUUUAUAACGGAGAAAAUAUACAACAUUUGGAAGAUCUUCAAACUGAACCCACGCUAAUCCGCAGUAUUUGUGAUCUUAUUAAAAUUGGUAUUGACAACAUCACAUUUCUAGGUGACAACAACCAAGAACAAACGGCUUUAAGCUGUCGUCUAAUCACACUGCAACUACAUAGUAGUGAUAAUGCCGUUCAGCUAUUUUAUAAGUUUUUAUGUAGUAUUAGUUAUAAAUAUGCUAUAAAGCCAAAUUUUUGGCUUACUAAGGAACAGAAAGUGUUUAAUGACAUAUCAUUCGAACUACAGGAUUAUAAUCCUGUUGACAUAUUGCAAAAUGUCAUGCUGCAUUGGUCGCUUAACAACGAAUUGCUCAAGACAAGUCAAAUAUUCUACAAAGAAUUUGCUAAAAUAUACUCCAUUGUCGUGGACAACAUUGAAGACAACAACAUUGAAGACAAUCUAAGCGAAACUACGAAAAGUGGCAAUGAAAACGUAAAUGCGAAAUCAUUUGAUAAAACUGCACUUAAACUAAACAUUAAAAAGAGUGAUAAGACUAUAAUAGAUAUACUCAAACUUAAUUAUAACGCCCUGAGUAGUUUUUUAUUCAUAUCGUGCACAGCUUUGAAACGAAAUGAAUACCAAAAUACCUCCUCCAUGCAGAACGAGAAGGAGGAAGAACAACAUCUUUACACAUUUACACCCAGCACGUCUACUACAACUAGUCUUACACAUAAUAAUGACAACAAAGCAAUCAUUUGUUUUUCAGGUUCGUUGGAAAGUCUAAUUUCCAGUAUAGAUUCGAAUAAAACAGACACACUAAGCAGUAUCAAUUCUUAUACUACAGCAAAAACACUGGCAAGCGAUACACUUGACUUAGACUUAUUUCACACCGAUCAAUUCGAUAGUGUAGUCGAUUCGUUGUAUACGCAAAAUUCUUCUAAGACCAAGUUUUUUUUUGAUAGGUCCUCAGAAAUUUCGAGAGAAUUGCUCCUAACUGAAAGCAUUGUGCUGUUUGACAUACGCAAUCAUUUUUAUCCACGCAGUGCAGAAAGAAACGAGUCAAAUUUGUGGUCGUUGUUAACAAAUCGCGAAAACAAUUUUGAUUUACCUACAACGACGUUUGCAUUGUCGGAGCCAAAACUAUCACAUGAAACUACGGCCGCAGUUGCAGCAGUUCAAGGUGGCCAGGAGGGCAUUUUAAAAAAGUUUUUUGGCCUUUUCGGUGCAUUCUUCAGCAGUGAAAAUAACUGUGAAGAUUCUGCCAGUAAUUCAAAUAAGGCUCAGUCACAAGCAGAUGCAGAAUUAACGUUAUUAGCUUCUAACUAUGAAAGCUGUAGAAAACCAUUAUUAAAACUAUUCGAAGUCACAAUGGCAAUAUGCAUUAAAGGUUAUAAAAAUGAAGAUGGCGAGAAAAUGCAGAAACAUUUAUGCAAACUAAAAUCAGUUAUACUCAGUAAUGCUGCAGGAAAAUGGCAAAACAACUCGGAGGAUGCACGUGAGAACCCAAUUGUGCAGGUGCUUCAAGCACUGCUAAGAAUUGCUGAAAUGUCCAGUACAGUAAAAGAUCAAUCACCGGGAGUUAGUUUAAGCAAUAGCAAUUUAACUUCAACGACUACAACAACUACUGCAGACGAGGCUAUGUUACCUAAUCGAACUCCACUGACACCAUUAACACCUCUUGAGGGACAAAUGCUGUUUUCGAAAAAUUUUAACCGUAACGUAACUACGCGAAGUAAUAAUAUAUCUCGACCUUUUUCAUUUCCCAGUGCAGAUGCGGACUAUUUGUCUACAAUUGCAUCUAAUAUAUGUGUUGACAGUGAAAUGGAAUUAAGUGAAAAUGACGAAGACAUUUUAUUGUUAGCUGAUGAAGGAUAUGAAGCUGAUGGUGAAAUACCUGAAGUUUCAGAUACAGAAGCUGAAGAAUUAAGCGCUGAUUUGUGGCAUUCAUUACAACCGAAUUCACGUUACAGAACUCAUAUCUUACAUAAUGGACUAAGUCGCUUAGUAGUGGAGAUUCUAAUGGAGUUGUCACAUAUUUGCGUUGAUAACCCUUUGGGUUGGUGUGAUAGUUUGUUGCAGUUAGCGAAUCGUUUAUUUGUCAUGCGAGAGUACUUGGGAGGUCCACUCUUUUUACUGAGAGGGUUUAGACCUGUGUUAUCUGUCAAUGAUCCACGACUAAAAGAACUACAGCAAUCAAUUUUAUCACUUAUUACCGACUUAAAUACACCUGAUGCUCUCAGUGAGUUCUUUAAUAUUUUGGCAUGUCGACAACCACCAGUGGAAGUAUUAUUAAAAGGAAUAAAUUAUAUAUGCACAAACUCUGUUAAAAAAGUUCAACCAAAAGUGGAAUUGGAAUUUCCUAUUUUAAUUGAUGGCAAGUGCAUAUCAACUAGUGAUAUUACCAUAACAGAAUGUAUUGAUCGCAUAAGAAACUACCAUUUACAUAAUCGUAUAUCAACACCCUUUACGAAAGCGCCGUGCUUUCUUCCUAUAACACACACAAAACUUUGGAACAACGACGGUAUUACAUUAUCGAUAUGGGUUCAAGUUAAGCACUCAAUAGCUCAAAAAAUGUCCAGUCAACGUAUUGAUAACGAUGUCAAUGAGGAAUGUUUGAAGAGUCACAUUGUGUCUGUUGGCACAGAGCAAGCUAUGCUUAGUAUUUACAUAAACGACAAUAUGAACUUAGUCUUCGAAACAUCUCGUCCGAAUGGCGAAAUACAAAUUCAUCCGCAAAUGGAGUGUGAAGAAAGUUUUAUUAAAUCUACAACUGACACGAAAUUAAAAUCAAUGCCAGAGAAAUUGCACCAUAACAAGAAUCCUAUAAAGCAGACUAAUCAGAACUCAAGUACUAAUGCAGAUGUAUCCCAACAUGGAAUAUCACCAAUUCGAAAUGCAUUAAAGCAUACAAAAAUAGCUUUACUAAAUAGCUUUAACAAUAUGCAUAUAUUUAACGAUAAUGCAGAAAAUCCCUCUUCUUAUGAAUGUUCUUUGAUUGAUUUAAGAAAUUUCCGAUUUACAAAAAAUAAGUGGACUCAUCUUGUUGUUGCAGUGGAUUUUCAGGCAGAUUCAAUUAAUUUAACAGUUUUCGUUGACAGUUUAGAACAGUAUAACAUUAUUUUAGGACUUCGAAACUUCCGCCAAACUACACGAACUCAUGAUUUUCAAGUAAUUGCCUUGGGUGACGGCAGUUUUCCAAAAGCAGUAAAUAAUACAAAAUACUAUACCGACUCGAACUCAACUCUCGAUAGCUAUUUUUUGCGAACAAGCGUAUCAAAUUUCAUGCUCUUCAAUUGUCACAUCGAUAAGAAGGAUUUUAUACUCAAUUUGACUUCAAUGGGCCCGGACUUUACAGAACUAACCCAAUGUCAAGUUGGUAACUGGAAACCGAAUUAUGGUUACCUGAAUUUAAGCAGAAUGAAUUUGCCUUGUUUUGGUCAUUUUAGAGAAGCGAUGAAAUUUUUUAAAGAAAACCGAAUCUUAACAUAUAGUGCGCAGCAACCAGACCUGGUUAUGGGAUAUGAACCAAGUCUUGAAUUAGAUAAUGCAUAUUUCGGCCGUCCUUAUGGCAUAAUACUUUAUGGAGAAUUGCUACAAAAUCAAUUGCAAUCUUUACAAGCAGCUACAAUUCUUUCAGGGGGUUUGUCGACACUUUUGUACUUAUUUGCAAGGGUUGUUGAGAUAAGUAAUAGUUCAUAUGCUCAAGCUGUGGCACUGGAUCUGUUACUAAAUGUGGUGAUAUCGGAGAAUCAAAUUUACGCAGAAUUUUUACAGAAUGAUUAUUUAAGCUUGAUUGGCUAUGUCAUCAAAACUGAACGCUGUACAAAAGAUGUGUAUUUAUUGGCUAGCAUAAUAAAUAAUUCAUGCUCUCAAUUAUUAUUAACGAAAAAAUGUGAUAUUAUGUAUGUUCAUGAAAAUACUGUAGCCAGUUUAAUAUACCCACAAUUCAUUGUUUCAAUACUUCAUCGUUACUCAGACUGGUAUCGUUCCGGAGCAGAAAAUUCUGACGUAUUAGAUUUGGUGUUUGAAAGCAUUUUAGCACUUACUAGAGAAAAACAUCCUCAUAGAGACUUUAACAUCGAACAAUUAAGUAAAGCUGGUUUAGUAAAGGAAUUAUUGAAUUUAUGUAAAAUGUACGUAAUUGAGUCGCCAAAUCCCAUGUUCAUAUCAGCAAACGCAGCGAAAUCAUUUGUAAAUAUACUUUCGGUGUUCGCUGGUUCGCCCCCAUCUUCAUCAUUAAUGGAUGAAAUAAUGAAGCUUUUAUUAUUGUUGCACAAACCAAGUGAAUGCUAUAUAACGCAUGAUCGCAAUAAAUUUUAUUUUUUACUAACAUCACAACUACCUCCAAAAGAAAAAUUAUUGACAACAAAUUUUAUGCGUGGCUCAACUCAUUUACGGAAAAGUGCUGAACCACCAAUACCUGGAAUAGCACGUUCAAUGUCAAUCAAAAGCGAUUCUAUCAUAUCUAAAUUAACAGAAACGGAUUCAAAUCGAGCAGGACGUAUUAAUCGUAUAAGAAAAUUGCAUAUUAAAAAAUCAACAUAUAAAACAGUCCUUAAUGAUUUUGAAGAAAAUUUGGAAAAUGUUGCUGACUGCACUAAAUUGAACAAAAGUGCUCUACAUACUCUUAGUCCAGCCGAAGUUAGAAGAUGGCGAUUAAAGUAUAAACGACAAACCACAUACAAUUCAUCUACAAAUACUUGUAGUUCGAACAAAAUCAAUUCGCAUCAUAAAUUUAGUAAAUUGCAAUCAUCUUCUUCUAAUUCUGUUCAUCGUCUUAACGAACAAAAAAUUUCUCAUAAACGGCAUCGUUUACAUUCGACAGGAUCUAUUUGCUCAGAAGAUGAAAAAUGUUCCCGCCACAGCAAAACAACUGUAAUAGUAAGCAGUAGUCUGCAGUCGUUAGCUGCUUCACUGUGUACAUUCGAUUCGAACAGUACUAAGAAUUCAAUAUAUGUGUCGCCAAUCCAUCGUCGUUCCAAAGCACUGAACAAAAUCGAUUUUUACAGUUCAUUAGGAAUAAUAACUUUACAAGAAGGUCUUAUUACAUUAUUAAAAAAUUUUUUGUGUUUAUUACCCGAUACUGCAGUUGAAGACGUACUGAAGCAUUACGUUAAAGUUGAGUUUUUGCUCGUAUUAUCGAACCACAAUAGUUGCGGCGUGAGGAUAGCGAUAAUAAAACUGCUGGCUGCGCUUAUACAACGUUUACCUCAACAUGAAUUACAAUUUUAUAAUAGAAACUGCUAUCCAUAUCACUUAGCAAAUCAAUUAUCAAUUUACCCCACCGACACGUAUAUGUUUAGUGCUUGUGUUGAAUGGGUCAGUGGAAUAUAUGGAGACUUAGAGGCAAUAUCCACUUCUAAAGAACUAAAUAUCCAACAGCAAUUUGGUUUGAACGCUCUUCUAGCAAUAAUAACAAAUUUUGUGGCUACGCAGCCUGAAGUUAUGGAGAAAGCCUUUAAAGUACUUGGAAUUAUCUACAUGACGAAUACCGAAGAGCACGGGUUACUAAUUGAAUUGGGCUUGCUGCAGAGCUGCAUGAAAGCACUUCAAAAUCUUUAUACGAAACAAAAUAAUACAAACUCAAAAGUUGAGGAUUCUAUUUUAGAGUUGCUCACCGUUAUUGGUGUGAAUUCACUCAAAUCAGUUGGACAUAUAAACAUAAUAUGGGAUCUCUUAAAUUUACUUUCCUUUUAUCAAACAAAGCAACCAGCCGUUAUAGUAAGAAGGUUUCGUUCUGCCCAAGCAAAGCUACAGCUUAAUUGGCUUAGAAUAUUCUUUAACAAAUCGAAUAACACUUGGAGUUUUAUUGUUACUAAACUAACCGAGUCAACACUUACCCUGGCCGAGAGCAAAAUCCGACUAGAUUUACUCAUUGAUCGUUGUUCUCAGUUUUUCACAGUAUUUGAUGAUUGCAACACGCCCACUGAUAAUGAAAUCAAACUUUUUGAGUUCUUAGUUUCCUAUGGCAUAUCAACAAAUCAACGAUGUAACAAUUUUAUAGCUUGGGGACUACAACCGUCACGGCCUCGUGAUCUACGAAAUUAUAUAGUAAAUGCCCUUUGGAUAUCUUGCAGAGAUGAUUUUUUGCCUUCCAUCAUAUGUGAUGGGAAAAUGGUUAAAUCUCUAUUGUGGCUUAGUUUACUGGAAGAUUUGGAACCUCCAAUCGAAAAUUUGUCUGUUUUGUGUAAACGUUUAGGGAUUAAUGAAAACGACUCAACAUGGAAUUUGGAAAAUGAACUAAAUCGCAUUGAACUGAAUCGUUGUACGAUUACCGCAAAACAAAAGACGCUGCUGGAAAGAACAAUCUUUAAAUUUGAAUCAAUUGCCAUUAAUUGCAUUGAGUCAUCAAUGAUUGCUACAAGAAGAGUAGCUGAACUGCAGAACGCAGAAAGAAAAUUGCUAAUGAAUCAUAUGAAAGACUACGACGAUACAUUUACUUAUACUAAAUGGUUGGAAAUUAUAAGACGCAUGACGCAUGAGGGUGCACCUUGGUAUUCCAAAGAACGUUCCGAAAACUCAUGGGAAUUGGAUUCCACUGAAGGGCCAUCUAGAGUACACAAUCGACUAAAACCUUGUCAUCUAGAUAUAGAUAAGCGCUUCAUUAUGGAAGACUACCAUUCAGAUACCCCCGAUGGCAAUACUGCCUUUUCAAAUAGUUAUAAAUUUAGACGUCCUCUAGACUACCUAAUAGCCAGUUAUGAUCAACAACUAAAUAUUUCAUUCAAUUCACAAAUACUUUAUAAUUUUCCAGCAAAGUAUCUUCCUGUUGAUGGCGAAAUUGACGGAGAAAUUAUAGUUACUGAUCACAAGCUGUAUUUUCAAGCUACAUAUCAUUGUAAAUAUUUCUACGUUGCCUGCGACAUACUAAAUAUUACGGAAAUAUGGUUAAAGCGUUAUCAACAUCAAGAGAAGGCAUUCGAAAUAUUCUUAGAUACAAAUCAAUCUCUAUUUUUUUCGUUACAAAAUAAAGAAGAUUGGAAAAUUAUGCGAGAUGUUUUUCGUGAUAAAAUCGUUACUGCUCCUGAUCAAAACAAAUUACACCUAAUAACACAGCAGUGGCGUGAAGGUUUACUUACAAAUUGGGAAUAUUUGAUGACACUGAAUCAAGUUGCGGGACGCACGUAUAACGACUUAAUGCAGUACCCGGUUUUUCCAUGGGUUUUAUCAAAUUAUACAGCAGAACUGCUCGACUUAACAAAUUUGAACAAUUUUCGAAAGCUGGAAAAACCUAUUGCAGUACAAAACGAAGAAAAUGAGCAACAUUAUAUUAGUAAUUAUAAUUACUUAAAUAACAGCAUGACAAAUAUGGGUUCUAUGAUUCUCAAACCAUAUCAUUACAGUUCGCAUUAUUCUAAUUCAGGCACAGUUCUACACUUUCUGGUACGUGUGCCACCCUUUACAAGCUACUUUUUGCGUUACCAAGACAAUAAUUUUGAUCUACCUGAUCGCACUUUCCAUUCUUUGAGUACAACUUGGUGCUUAGCUAGUCGUGACAGUCCCACAGAUGUGAAGGAACUAAUACCUGAAUUUUUUUGUCUGCCAGAAAUGUUUGAAAAUUUUGAACGUUUUAACUUCGGUUGCCGUCAAAGUGGUGAACGAGUGGAAGACGUCCUGCUCCCGCCAUGGUGUUUAAAGAAUCCCCGACUCUUUACGCUUAUACAUAGGCAAGCAUUAGAAUCUGAACUAGUACGCAACAAUCUACAUAACUGGAUUGAUUUGAUUUUCGGUUACAAACAAACGGGAGAAAGUGCAGUUGAAUCAAUAAAUGUUUUUCAUCCUGCUACAUAUUCUAUAUUUCUGGAGGCUGAAACCUCAGACCAUAUUGAAAGAAAAGCUGUUGAAACAAUGGUUAAAACUUAUGGGCAAAUGCCACGCCAAUUAUUUAAAUCACCACAUAGCAUUUCAAAAACUCUUAAUUAUUCAUUGGGAGAGAAACAACUAUUACCCAGCGUCAGGGGUUUACGUUGGGGCGUAUAUUUGGGUUCACCUCAGUUACCUAAGCCUACGCUUGGAAAUAUACAUAAAUUAUCAGGAGCCGAAUAUUUAGUGCCUUUUAAUAACACUAAUGUAGUCUAUGGAUUUCCUACGAAAUCUUGUGUAAUGCAAGGAGCGGAACUUGAUACGUUUAAUGUUAUAUCGUGGGGCUGUGAGGAUCGAAUAGUAAGAAUACAGCCUUUAAAUAAAAUGCAGGCCAAACCAAAAAAUUUAUUAUAUAAUAACGCUUUCGAUAAUAUUACUGCUUGCGGUACUGAUCCGAAUUCAAAUCAGCUGUGGUUUGGUCAUAAAUCAGGUCGCAUUAGUGUUUAUAAAUGCUCAAACAUAGAGCAACAAAGCCGUAGUGGCAAAAGUCGACAAAGUUAUGUGCAAGGACUACGAUUAUCAUAUAAUUCAGCAUUUCGUAAGAUAACUACUAAAAGUAACAUAACUGUUAAAGCCGAUGACGAUCUAGAGAACGGGAAUUCCAUGUUUACUAACGCAGCUGGUACGAAUACUUCCGAAAGUUUACAUCGUGAUGGUGCUGAUUUAAGUUGGUGCGGACCAACAGUACUCGUACGGCACACUGAUGAAGUAUUUUGCAUACAAUUAUCUGUUGACUAUAAAAUUGCAGUCACAGCUGGGCGAGACGGUAUUGCAGUAAUUUGGGACCUUAAUGACUUCAGCUAUAUACGCACAAUAGAACGUCCAGCUGAAAUUCAUCAUUCACCUAUAACCCUUGUAACUAUUAGUCCUACACUUGGUGAUAUUGUUACCGUACAUACUAUACCGUGGCAAAAUAAUUUACAAGAGCAUAGACAUGCUAACAAUGAGAUAGAGCUGAAUAAUUCAAUGGAUACAAUUGCCGAUGAGUGCUUUGAAGUAACAGAGGAAAAUUUGGAUGAUUUCGUGAAUGUAUCAAUCAAUCCAAAUGGAAAAUCUAUAGUUCGAUUGCAUACAAUAAACGCCCGUUACGUACAGCAUAUGGUACAUGAAGAUCGUGUUCUUGCAAUUUGUUAUUCGUAUAUCAAGGAAGGAGUUGGUAUAAAUGUAAUAGCUACAGCAGUGGAAGGAGGUAUUAUACGUCUAUGGUCAAGUUGGGAUUUAAGCUUUAUUAGUGAAAUUGUAACGGGACUUUCAAAUAUAAAAAGCAUAACAUAUUCAACGCAUCAACAUCUUGUUGUACUAACUAAAGAAUCACAUAUUCAAGUAUGGGAAUGCGAAGGACUAUAUGGCGGUGCACCAAAAUUUCCGCAAAUAGCUUAUAAAUAGCAUUUAUAUAUAUAACGAGCGAACGAACAAAAAUUUUUGAAUAUUCUUAGUACUAUAAUGAUUAAAAAUAUUAGAUAAUUAUACUUGGUAAGAAAAGAAUUGCAUCGAAUGGCAUGCGUGUUUGCGUGAUUAUUAACAUAUUUUAUAUAUUUCCUUAAGUGUCCCAGUUUCCUGUAAAUUAACAAAUACAAAUUACUUAAAAAAAUGUAAAAAAUAAUUUAGUAUUUUGAA